GAACAGGCGGUUAAAGAAAAAUAUCUAUACACCGUAUAGGCACGUGGGCGAUCAAUCACGAGCUCAAGGCUAUCACAAUGAUUUAUUAUAACCAAUGCGGUCCCUCAAAAUGAUGAUUAUAAUCAAUAAUACAUUGAUAUUUGCGGAAUCCGCUUAUAAGUUUGACUUGCCAGCACGCGCCCAUGAAUUAACUCUAUCAUGCUUAAAACUUGAACCUAUUAAGUACGUGUAUCGCAUUGUUUAAUUCAUAAGAUGCGUGUCCGCAUUAAAAUAUAUAUGGAUACAAAUAAUGAAAGUCAACAUCGAAUCCUCGCGUCCCGGCUUGUCAUUGGUGGCUCAAGGAGAGGGCGGGACUCGAGCGAGAGGAGCCAAUCAGCAGCGGCGCGCUCUACGAUCCUCGUCUCCGCUAUAAAAGCCGCUCCCGUGGUGCGUGUUAACGUCACAAAUCGUUCGUACUUUGUCUCCAGUGCUUUUUGCAUCCUAGGUCCGUUAACGAUGUCUGGACGCGGCAAGACCGGUGGCAAAUCUCGCGCCAAGGCAAAGUCCCGCUCUUCCCGCGCCGGCCUGCAGUUCCCCGUGGGUCGCGUUCACAGGCUGCUCCGCAAGGGCAAUUACGCCCAGCGGGUCGGCGCUGGAGCACCCGUCUACCUGGCCGCCGUGCUCGAGUACCUUUCUGCCGAGAUCCUCGAGCUGGCUGGCAAUGCCGCCCGCGACAACAAGAAGACGAGGAUCAUCCCCCGACACCUGCAGCUCGCCGUGCGAAACGACGAGGAGCUCAACAAGCUCAUGGGCGGCGUGACUAUCGCCCAGGGCGGUGUGCUGCCCAACAUCCAGGCCGUGCUGCUGCCCAAGAAGACCUCUCAGGCAAAGAAGUGAACGCGCCGCCGCCUCUACCACCACAACAACGGCUCUUUUCAGAGCCACCCACUUGCUUGCAAAGAGCUCGGACAGUCGUGCACAGGGGUUUUGUUAUUAAUAAGGACACCGUCGUCGAGUUGCCCUCGUCCCAAAUUGCUCGCAAUUAAACGAAUGCUCUGCUCGUUCCAGAUACCCUUUAUGUCUAAUUUAGGAACGGUAUUUGAGCAGCAUUCCAACAUUGCAUCAAUCAUGGAACAUGGUUUAGAAUAAAUUGAGGUGCCUAUUGGAAGAAAGUAUCGUGUUUUUUUAAAGAAUAAAACUCGCUCUUUUUGAGCGGUCAGAUUACAUAUGAAGAGGAGUCGGAGAAUGGUUCAAGCACUUUAAGGGAUCUGCGAGCCACCCUCACGCACCACGCAAACACGACAUCUCCGCUCUCACGACAACACGCACCAAUCAAUCUUAAUUUUUUUUCACACACGCGCGGGAAAUAAGAGCUGGACGGGGGGGUCAGGGGUUAAAGGGCAGUGACGUCACCAGGACCAGGCGUGCUGGACGCGAAUGUGUAUUGGGAGCGGAGAUUGAGGAGUUAAAAGGGGCUGUGGGACGUGUGCCCGGGGUUGGUCUUGGAACGAAUAUUGCUGUGCGUUGCGGAGAUUGAGGAGUUAAAAGGGGCUGUGGGACGUGUGCCCGGGGUUGGUCUUGGAACGAAUAUUGCUGUGCGUUGCGGAGAUUGAGGAGUUAAAAGGGGCUGUGGGACGUGUGCCCGGGGUUGGUCUUGGAACGAAUAUUGCUGUGCGUUGGUGAAAACAGGUCCCUGUGGGGUGGGCUGGUAGGACCGAACAAUUGAAUGGCUAUAAUAAAAUGAAAUGGCAAAAAAUGGGCGCCAAUGAGUGGAUGGAAACGUAGACGUAGUGGAACAUAAGAAACAAUAAAGUAGUAGUAACCGUUCUGCAAAAAAAUAAUAGUAUUGCACAAGUAUGUACCUACGUGAGUGCAGCUUGGAGCAGACACAGUGAGUAGUAACAAUCUGCACGAGAUGCAGCGCCGUGGGCCACGCCCCUAUCACUGUUAGCCCCGCCUCCUCGCCCCCGGUACUGUAUUCUCGACUGUAGACUCCGCCCCUUUUCGCCAACGGCCCCUCCCUCCAUCGCGCUAAGCUCCGCCUCCCACCGCUUGACCCCGCCCCGCUCCCCCGUGGCCCCGCUCCGCCCCCGUGGCCCCGCCCUCCA